GCUUAUGUAUGUGUAUAUAAUAUUCGCAAAUAUUGUAAAAAAUAGUUAUGUAGGUCAAGUACAGGGUAUAUUAAAGCUCUAAGAGGGAAUACAUACACAUAUAUGUGAGGACACAAAUACAUAUAUGAGUACAUAUUAACGACAUAAAAAGCGCAUAUCGCUCUACUGCUUUCAUAAAUGGUUUUUUAGUUGUGCAUACAUAUAACGAUAUAUACUUAUGUGAAUAACUAAAAACUAUUGUUAUCAAAUGAGAUUUUACAGACGAAAGUCAGACGGUCGUCGAACAAAGCACCAGAGUUCUUGUAAAGAGAUUUUAGCUGCUAAGUAAAAAAAUUUAAAAAAAUGGAUUAUCGCUCAAUAUUCGUGAAUUCUUGGUUUCUAAAAAACUGGAAAUUCAUAUUGAUUGCAUUGGCAGCAAUAGUUAUUGGAAAUCUUACAAGACAUGUCACUAAUAAAAUUUGUGCAAGGAGAGAAAGGGCACAAAAAUAUAAGAAUAAAAUACUAAUGUCCGAUGGUGAUGAAUAUGAGGGCACUGAAUUAACUACCAAAAAUGCUCUCAAUGAUAUUAAAAGCCCACAAGAAGACACUAGAGACAUCAAGUACGUUCCUGCGCUAAAAGUAGAAAAUCAUGUGCCUUUUAGAGGUGCCCAAGUAACUCUUCCCGCUGGCGCAAAACAAUUCUAUGAAUUAGUCAACAAUCGUCGCAGUGUUCGCUCAUAUAAGUCGAAAAGGAUUCCCCCGUUGGAAGUAAUUGAAGACUGCAUACACGCAGCUGGUACAUCUCCCAGUGGUGCACAUACCGAACCCUGGACAUUCUGUGUGGUUAGUGACAAUAACAUGAAGCUACGUAUACGGGAUAUUAUCGAAUUAGAAGAGAAAAUUAAUUAUGCCCAACGUAUGAAUCGUCAGUGGACAACCGAUUUGACACCAUUACGCACGAACCAUAUUAAACCAUAUCUAACAGAUGCACCGUAUCUAAUUUUGGUUUUUAAACAAAUUUAUGGUUAUUUACCUAAUGGCGAUCGCAAGCAACAUUACUACAAUGAGAUAUCGGUUGCAAUCGCUACAGGCAUUUUAUUAUGUGCUUUACAGGCCGCCGGUUUGAAUUCAUUGGUGACUACACCGUUGAACUGUGGGACUGCAUUGCGUAUAUUGCUUGAUAGGCCUGAAAAUGAAAAAUUACUUGUAUUAUUACCGGUGGGAUAUGCCGCCGAAGAUUGUGCAGUGCCUGAUUUGAAACGAAAAGAACUAAAGGAUAUAAUGAGUAAAUACUAGAAUGCAAAUUUCUAUAUUUUUGUAUAUAUAUAUAUGUAUAAAUGUACGUAUGUAAUUAUAAAAAGGCAUUUGUUAAAAUGAAUAGAUGUGUAAAAUCU